AAAGACUGUACAUCAUUUGACAAUAUUGGCUAAUGAUCCAUGGACCAACGAGGCCGAAGACACCAGAAAUAUCGCUGGAUGGCCUUUAUUGGUAGCUGUUAUAGACGAACAAGAUACUCCGCCGGUCUUUACUAUUGCACCACCUACAACAACGUUGAGUUCGACUUUAAAACCUGGAGACAUAAUUUUACGAGUGCACGCAGAAGAUGGUGAUAGAGGGCAGCCGCGACCUAUUAGAUAUUCAUUGGAUCAAGAUGAUAGUGCUAGUGGGUUUUUCCAAAUUUCAGAAAAGACAGGAGAACUGAUUCUUGCAACUCCCAUAUCACAAAUACUAUCAUUCCCACUACAAGGACAGCCAAUCCUCAUUAAAGUUACCGCAGAAGAAGUACGAUCGAGUUCAGAAGAAGCGCCUUCGCAAUCUACAACUGUCCAGUUAGCUUUAAUUCCUCCAGGUAUUACUUUGGGUUCUCCCACCUUUGGAGCCAUCGAAUACCAUGCCUUGCUUGAUGAAAAUUCACCAGUUGGUACUAUGCUGGAUAUACCACAAGCUGAAAUAACCACUGAACCUGGUGACGUUGUGACUCUAGAAUUAGUCAACAGCAAUGGAACAUUUGAUAUAGCGCCAAGUGUUGUAGAAGGGUUUUCCAAAUUUAGAAUAAGCGUUCACGACAAUCGGCUUUUGGACUAUGAGGUAAGACAUUACGUAGAAUGCUAUAUUGUUGCAAAAGAGCUGGGAAAAGGCAACUAUACAGCAAGAGCUAAACUUACUGUGGUAUUAAAUGACGUGAAUGAUAAUCCUCCGCAAUUUGUGAAAGCAGAGUUCGAAGGAAAAGUACCUGAAGGUGCAGCUAUUGGAACGACUGUUUUGAAUGUGGAAGCUACAGACGUUGAUAGAGAACCAGGAAGUAAAAUCAGUUAUAUUGCAUUAACUGGGCCAGGCAGUGACCUCUUUAAUCUAGAUCGUGAAACAGGUGUAAUAACAGUAGUUAACUCAGAAAACUUAGACGCAGAAACUUACCCAAAAAUCUCGUUGGAAGUCAAAGCAGCAGACGAAAACGGCAAAGGCCUUUCAGCAACUUCAAAAGUGAUUAUAACUGUUUUAGACAUCAACGACAAUGCUCCACAAUUCGAAAAAGAAAUUUAUGAAUUUAUUUUGAACACAGAUCGUACUUCAUUCACUACUCAAGCUUUUGUAAAGGCUUUUGACAAUGAUAUUUCCAUGCCCAAUAAUGAAGUUAGAUAUCAGUUUUUAACUCCCAGUGAUGAUUUGUUUAUAAAUGAAAAAACUGGUGAAAUUUUAGUUAAAAAAAUGUGGGACCAUGAUGAACUUGUGACGUUAAGAGUAGGAGCUUAUGAUGAAGGAGUACCAAGAUUAAAUACAGAUGCAGAGGUCCGGAUUUAUCCUCCAGAAAAGUCUAGAAAAAUGAUCUUCAUAGUGCCAGGAAAAUUUCCAGACAAACGUAACACUGAGCACACUCUAAGCACUGUUACUGGUGGUCGGGUCGUUAUAGACGAGGUAAGGCCCUAUACCGGAUUCGAACCCGGUGCCACUUAUGUAACCAGAGAUCAAAAUGGAGACAAAAGUGUUGUGGUAGCAACAGUACACUACGUCAAAGAUUCGGUGGUAGACGUCAACCGAAUACAGCAACUUUUAGAUGAUCAAAAUCAACAAAAAGUCACCAAUCAAAAUCAAGAAACAAUAAUAAAGGAGAGAGAAGAAACCAAAAUUCAACAAAGCUCUAGCGGGGAUCUUUUAUGGCUAUUGAUACUAUUUAUUGUGCUUGCGAUAUUGGCCGCCAUUAUUUUGAUUUUGUGUUGUAUCUGCAGACCGUGUCCACUUUAUAUACCGCCUAAACGGAGAAAAGUUAAUAGUGCGGAUAUUGUGGAGAAAUUGGUUGUCAAAGGUUCUGGUCAAGGAAGAGAAAGCAAAUCGGUACAAGUAGCUGAAUGGUUCGGCAGAAAAGAAGCUUGGAGCGCUGAAAAGGAACCAGUAGCUGCUAUGAUGGACGCUGAAGCUGAAUCAUUGAGAAGACACGAAAUGGAAAGAGGAUCUGACAGAGGAGGUAUCAGACAACCUGUAUUUAGGCAGCCACUACAACAAAGUCAAAGCAUGCAACACUUGAGCAAUUACCAACAAGACUCUGCCAGGGAACAGUUUUACAUCAGAGAAGGCAAUGCUGAUAUUUUAAGAUUGAUAACAAGGGCUGGAGGAGAACCCCAAAGAAAUAGUACAACAUUUGUGGACCAGCACCAGCAACAUUAUUUGGUGGAUAGUGGUAAAGAUAUACUGAUGAGGAGGUUUAUUGAUCAGCAACAAGCUGAAGCAUCAAGAAGUCAAGUUCUCUUGCCAAAUGCAGUAAAUAAACUUCAAUCAGAGCACGAAUUUCUUGAAGCAUCCCUAAGGCAGCAAAACGCUCUCCUGCGUCAAUUGAUUCUCGAAAGAGAAAGAGAUUUGAGAUUGGAAACUCAAUCGUUACCAGCAGGUACUCAAACUGAUCAAGAUAUUGGUACCCAAACAGAACCACAAUAUCUUAGGCCGCCACGCAGAAAGGUGCAGUCAGAUUUGGAUGUUAGUGACGAUGGGUCUGAUGAAGAAAUAGCCAUUAUUAGGGCAAGGGCGAAACGAAGACAUCGUGUUAUGAAACCAAGAAAAAUUAAAACUCCCAUACAAGAGGAAAGUGAAGAUGAAUAUAGAGAAAAAUUCGAAAAACCUUACAAACAAAAAAGUGUUGAUCAAAGUGUGGAAGCUAAACAAAAAACGAAAAGUACUCACACCAGCUCUAGCGAACAUCAUCAAAGAAGUGAUACUGGAUCCACUAGAAGAUCUAGAUCGAAGUCAACUCAAAGAUCACGAUCAAAAUCAUCAAGGAAUGGUUUAAAAAAAGAAGUAUUGAGAGAAAUAUCAGCCUCCUUAAAUCAGAGCGAAGAAAGUGAAAAUAGUUAUGAUGAAAAGAAUCAGAAAACUUCACCAGAAGAUGUUUAUACAGAAGACAGCUUGGAUGAUACAAGCCCAAGAUCAGAAGGAAAAACAACUGAUUCAGGAAGACAUAGGCAAAGAUCGGAAUCAACAGAACCCAUUAUCAGACGUAGCCGUUCAGAAUCCUUAAAUCAAAGAUUGAGGAAAUCAGAAUCGCCUGUUUUGAGUUCAAGAAAACGCAGCUCAGAGACCAAACAAACAAAGCCACGUUUUAGAUCUGAAUCUGAUUUGAGAUCUGUGAGUGUUGCCAGUAGAAAACCUUCUGUUAGCAAACAGAAAAAAGAUUCUGAAAAAAGUCAAAGCAGUGAGAGGAAAGAGAAAGAUAAAAAAGUGGUGACAAAAAAAAGAACAUCAAGAUAUAUGGAAUGGUACAAUAAGAAAGCAAGUAGUGAAAAACAAGACCAAGACCGUAAAAAAUCUGACGGAAGUAUAGAUGGAGAAAAAGUAACCAAACCCAUACUGGAAUCGAGACUUUUCAAAGAAACUGUGGCAAGUUCGAACAAAAAAUCUGAAGCAGCCAACAAGAAGAACCCUAUUGGUCCUGACCAUCCUUUAUUACAACAUUCUGAACAUAGGUUUGAAGCGCAAUAUCCGAAAAAAAGGCCGGAAGAAGACGCCGAUAGUGGAAUAGUUCUCACCAAGCCUGAAAUGGCUCAGAAAAAAAGUGUAUUUACCAUUGCGUACAAUGAUAUACAUACUAGCCAGUUAAGACCUAAUAGUUCCAUGAAUACUCCGUAAAAACUGUUUCACAAAUUUGCUUUCUUCAAGCCAAUUUUGAGUUAAAUUUUUCAAAACUUUCUCUAUACCUAGAUAUUGAAUAAUUUGAAUUGUACCUAAUUGUACAAAAUAGUGCAUAGUUUAGAUUAUAGUCUCUG